CUUCCUGUCUCGUGUAGCCAAGGUCCUCCAAAGUGAGCGCCGGCGCGGAGAACGAGGAUGUCCGGAGCUGUGGCGACGAGGCUGGCAGCAGAUUAGGUUCGGAGAAGGCCAUGGAGGUGCGGCGGCCAGCGCCACAGAGUUUCCCCCGCAGGCAGCUGAGUCCUUUCCCUCGGGUUUUUGCUGCGGGGGCUGUGGCCGCCGAUUCGGAGGCUCCCACGGAGAGUCAGAAGCUGUCUUCUAACGUCCCAAAGCCCGAGUACUCGGAAUCCGGAUGGGACCGCCUCCGGGACCUGUUUGUCAAAGACGAACAACAGAGAACUUCAAAGGAACUUGAGAAUAUUUAUAAGGCGGCACUUUCAGCAGGCGUCAUUGGCUGGGCAUAUGGGGGAGUACCAGCUUUUAUUCAUGCUAAACAGCGCUAUGUUGAACAGAGCCAAGCAGAAGUUUAUCAUAACCGGUUUGAUGCUGUGCAAUCUGCACAUCGUGCUGCCACACGAGGUUUCAUCCGGUAUGGCUGGCGCUGGAGCUGGAGAACUACAGUGUUUGUGACUAUAUUCAACACAGUCAACACUGGUCUAAAUGUGUACCGAAAUAAAAGUGCCCUAAGCCAUUUUGUCAUUGCAGGAGCUGUCACAGGAGGUCUCUUUAGAAUAAACUUGGGCCUGCAUGGUCUGGUGGCUGGUGGCAUAAUUGGAGCCUUGCUGGGCACUCCUGUAGGAAGUCUGUUGAUGGCAUUUCAGAAGUUCUAUGGUGAGACUGUCCAAGAGAGAACACAGAAGGAUCGCAAAGCACUCCAUGAGCUGAAGCUGGAAGAGAGCAAAGCCAGACUACAAUUUACUGAGCUCCUCCCUGAAGAAAUUGAAAGUAAGUUGCAGAAAAAUCAAUCCAAAGAUGACGUCCAGAAAAUUGAAGCACUGCUAAAUCUUCCUAGAAACCCUUCAUCAACAAAUAAACAAGACAAAGACUGAAAAUGUUCUGGACUUGACUUUCAUUGGUGAAUUGAAAGGAUCUAUGUCCAUUGAAUGCCAAUGGCUAGGCUUCUCCUUGGUCAGCCUGUUGACAGAUGUAAAUGCUGGCAUCUCUAGUGGCAGUGACUUGCUCUUACCUUUUUUUAACCAAGAAUUGAGCUUUUUUUUUUUUUUCAAGAUU